CUGUAGUCUCUUUCCCCCCCUCACUAUCUCAUCAAAUGGCAUUCUCUAAUGCGUUGGUUUUGGGCUUAUUUCUAGCAAUUAACAUGGCCCUGCCAACCCUGGCAACUGUCUACACAGUGGGAGAUACUUCAGGUUGGGCAAUUGGUGCUGAUUAUAGCACAUGGACUAGUGCCAAGACCUUUGCAGUUGGUGAUAGUCUUGUGUUCAACUAUGGAGCUGGGCACACAGUGGAUGAAGUUAAAGAGAGUGAUUACAAAUCCUGCACUACAGGGAAUUCAAUUAAUACAGACAGUAGUGGAGCCACCACCAUUGCCCUCAAAACUGCUGGCACUCAUUACUUCAUAUGUGCAGUUCCUGGACAUUGUGCUGGUGGCAUGAAACUUGCUGUUACUGUUAAGGCUGGAAAAGCCACUGCUCCUUCAGCAACACCAUCAUCAGGGAACGGUUCACCUUCUGAUAGCAACACACCUACCACCACCACCACUAGACCAAAUUCAUCUUCAGCGAGUAGUCUCUCACCAAUUGUUGCCAUGGUGAUUGUUUCAUGCAUCUCCUACUAUGUUCUGCGUCUUGUAUGAGUUUCUCCUCAUAUAGCCAGGACAGAGGCAGUGCUUCCAUGGUUUCUUUGGUUCUUAUAUUAUUAUUAGUAUUAGUACUCUGCUUUCUUGUUUGAUCUAUUCAGAUUCUUGUACGAGUAUUGAUCGAGGUUCUUGUAGUAAUAAUUA